AUGGCUGCCGUGCCCGCCACCCCCAACUCGCCCAAAAACGUUAAGAUCAAGUCUCCGGUGGCAGGUAGCCCCAUGUUCGGAUGCGAGCACAUUCAACGGCUCCUGAGCCAAGGCCAGGAAGUCACAAAUACUUCGGUCCAACACUACAAGAUCAUUCUUAGGAAGAUCUUCGACACGACCCCGAUUGUGCCACAGACCUCCAAGACGCCCGAAGGCCUGCCGAUCACAAGCUUGACCUCCAACUACCUCUGUCUCCAAUGUCCUUCCACUGUCACAGAAGAGGAGCGCUUAAAGCAUGGCACAAAGAAAGCACAUCGCUUCUAUGUCGACUCUCGGAGCGGUGCGCUAUACUGCCAGAUGUGUGAUGAUUAUGUAUGGGAUCCUACCCUCGAGGACCUGAGGCUGAGAAAGAUCGGCACCGGUUCCUUCUCGACCGCUCGCAAGAGGAAACAUGACGAGCUCUUCUCUGGAGACGCCAUCAAAGAUGACCCCAGAUACAUCACCUCCAACACCACCACGGCCUCCUGCCGGGCGAAUGGCCUGCGAGGCAUCUACAAUGCCGGCGCCACCUGUUACCAGAACGUCAUCCUCCAGAGCUUUCUUCACAAUCCCCUACUACGUAACUACUAUCUCAGUGAUGGCCACCAAGGGUCUGACUGUCAGGCCUCGCACUGUCUGAGCUGUGCCAUGGACGAUAUCUUUCAAGAGUUCUACAGCCAGGAGGCCACGAACGGCUAUACCGCGGCUAAUGUCCUCUCUGGCUUUUGGAUCUCCGAGAAAAAGGCUUUUGAGAACCUCGUGACCACCAAGGAACAGGACGCACACGAGUUCUUCCAGUUCCUGGCCGAAGAGCUCCACGAGCGCAACGGCGACGGUAAGAAACCCGAGGUGGGCAGUGAGCACUCGUGCACCUGCAUCAUCCACCAGACGUUCUACGGCAAGCUGCAGAGCACCACGACCUGCCAGAACUGCCACGGAGUGACCAACCAGGUGCAGUCAUUCCUGGACUUGAGUCUCGGCUUGGACACGCUAGCGCAGCGCCGCCGCAAGCAAGGCCAUAAGAACCCGACCUUGACACUGCAAGAGUGCCUUGACGAAGAGUACAUCAAGUCCGACAAGUGCGAAUAUCGGUGCCACAAAUGUGACUCGAUGCAGCAGGCGAGGCGGCAUACGAGCAUCAAAUCGCUUCCUAACGUGCUGUCGAUCCAGCUCAAGCGCUUCGAGUAUAAACAGGGGCGUCAUGACAAGGCUGCCAAGAUCGACACGCCUGUACAGUUUCCUCUGCAACUCAACAUGCUGCCUUACACGAACAGGGGCCGGGGGCAGGACCCCCGAGAGAACAUCGAGCUCGGCAGAUCGUGCACCUACGACCUGCUUAGCGUGGUGGUCCACGUUGGUGAGAUCGACACUGGCCAUUACGUAGUGUAUUGCCGGGUCGGUGAUCAGUGGUUCGCAUUCAAUGAUCACAAGGUCGAGAUGGCGAGCAAGUCAGAGGUCUUGAGCGCCAAGGCUUACCUACUCUUCUACAUCAUUCGGUCCCUCUCAUGA